AUGAAUGAAUUCAAUAUUCCUCCUCGGAAAAAACGCUUGCCGGGGUGGCUGAAGAAAAGUCGCUCAGACCCUCAUUUGUCAGAAGAGAGAGGAGGCAGGAGGGCAGCCGAUGAUACAUCCCCCCUCCCGCCUUCGAGGAAUGGAUCUCGUGGACGAUCCCCGGGGAAAGUUAGCAAGUUCCUUGCCAAGUUGCCCAACCCCUUCCAUCGAAGCGCUCGACAGUCUCCCAACCCUGAAACCACCGCUGGAAGCUCCAGCGCACAAACCCAGGAUCCCUCAUCACUCAUCACUCCCACUCCUGAACCGAAUAUUGAACAGUCUUCAAACUCCGGGAUGGCAGAAGUCGAUCAUCUCGACCCGAAAAUUGUGAAUGAAAGAAUCACCAGUGCCACCAAAGGUCUCGUAGGUAUUGGCCUUGUCCCAACAAUUAUCCAAAACGCUUCUUCGGCACCUGACAACUCCCAACACCUUUCCGAUGUGGUCGACACAUUGUCCCCGCUUCUUCAACCCUUGAAGGUGUUCAACGCCGUUGCGAACGUGAUUGCAGAUGUACAGACAACCAUCUCUGUUCUGUACAUCCCUACGCGAAGGCGGCAUUAA